AUGCAUUUUGUUUCCCUAUGCAAAUCGUUGAUCGAUCGAAGAUUUCGGAGUCCAGUCUUCGAUGAACCUUCGCCCCGAACGUUACAUGCUAUCGAAGUCAUGACCGCAGAUUUAAAAAAAGUUCGAGAACUCCAUCAAUGGAACAGACGAAUAUUAUCGAUAGGUGGCAUGUGGCCAAUGGAAGCGAGUUUUAUCAAAUUUUAUAUAGGCUACGUGUACUUUAUGCUCCAUUUGGUAAUGGCCCUGGGAGACUUUGUGAGUGUUUUUGGCAACAUGACGCUCAUGGUAGCGAAUCUUUCCGAGACCUCGGUCCAGGGUAUGGUGGGCGUUAAGAUGUUAGUGCUGAGACACUCGGUCCCAUUGACAAAAAUCAUCCGUCAAGUUGAGGACGGAGCGAGGGAAGAGAAUUACAGAGAUUCGCGAGAAAAAGCUUUGUACCUUAAGUACAAUGAAAUUGGGAGGAGAUUUUUUCGGGUGCUCGGUUAUCUCGCAUUCAGUACGGUUCUCAUGUAUCAUUUGAAGCCGUUCGAAGACAUUCUCAAAGCUGCGUUGUACAACGAAACGACUCCUUUCAUUUUGCCUUAUCGAAUGCGUCUGUUCUUCAACAUUUCCGAUACGCGGACUUACGCCCUCGUCUACAUCUCGGAAUCCCCCAUGUUUUAUUACUACUAUUGUCACACAAUAUCAGUUUGCUUUCUUUGCACUUUGAUUGUCCACGUUGCCGGUGAGUUGUCCGUCCUCGCUCAUCGGAUAAGAAACAUCAAUGAGUUUAAAUCACUGAACGAUUACAACGACCCGAAAAUAGCGUUUCGCGAUAUCGUUGUUAAACACCAACAAAUCAUUGGAACCGCUAAAGCCAUAGACGAUGUUUUCCACGUCGUUCUCUUGGAAGAACUCGUAAUAUCGACAGUGCUCAUUGGAUUGACAGCUUAUAACGUUCUUUCGAAAUCCGCUAUGGCUUCGAUGGUUGAGUUUUUUUCGUUCAUCACUUACUCGAUAUCGAUGAUCGGGUUGAUUUUCAUUUAUUGUAUAACCGGUGACUUCCUCAUACGGGAGAGUGUAAAUGUACACGACGCUUAUUACGAGUGUAGAUGGUAUACGAUGGCAUCGAAAUAUCGAAAAGACAUGAUGAUUUGCAUGGCUCAGACACAAAAACCUUUGCAACUAACCGCAGGACGAUUUUACAUUUUUUCACUCAGGAGAUUUGGCAACGUUCUCAAAACUGCGAUGGCUUACAUAUCGUUGUUACGAACUGUGCUAGAGCUAAAAAGCGCAGGAAAGCUUCUGCUCUUGAACAAACGUGUGCUCUCGCUCGGUGGAAUGUGGCCCUUGGAUCGGACGUUCGUACAUUUUUACAUAAGUUUCAUCUAUUUCGUGGUACAUUUGACCCUCGCGUUCUCCGAUUUAGUAAGUGUUUUUGGCAACAUGCAUCUCAUGAUGGAAAAUCUCUUCGAAACGAGUGUGCAAACGAUGCUAUGCUUCAAAAUGCUCGUUCUCAGACACUCGUCGACUCUCAAACAAGUUUUACGUAGCGUUGAAGAAAGCACACAUGAAAAUAACUAUCGUGACGAUACCGAAAAACAAUUGUACUUGAGCCACAAUGUCGUUGGACAAACCUUUUUUAAGGUCAUACAUUACGUAGCUUUUGUAACUGGCGUUAUUUAUUACUUGGGACCACUGAAGGACUUUUUGACGGCUGCCUUGAACAACGAGACUUUGCCUUACGUCUUGCCAUUCAAAACUCACCUGUUUUUCGACAUCGAGAAUACUCGAAACUAUGCACUAAUGUACAUCUGGCAAUUUCCUGUUUUUUACUACGACUACUGCCACGCGAUGGCAGUGUGUUUUCUCUGUACUUUGGUUUUUCACGUCGCUGGAAAAAUGUCGAUAUUAGCGCACAGAAUUCGUCUGGUCGGAGCAGCGCUCGAUUCGUCGAACGGUCGCGACGACCCGGAUACGAUUUUUCGAGAUAUUGUCAAGAAACAUUUGGAUGUCAUGUGGGAAGCCUCGGCGAUCGAUGACGUUUUCAAUUUACUUUUAUUGGAGGAACUCUUGAUAUCGACGGUCCUCAUUGCACUCGUUGCUUAUAAUCUUCUAUCGCCCGUCGUGCCUCUUUAUGAAAAACUGUUUUUGGGAAACUACUGCAUUGCUCUUCUCGCAAUUAUUCUCAUUUACUGCUUAACCGGAGACUCUCUUAUUCGCGAGAGUGAAGACAUUCACGACGCAUUCUACGAGUGUCAGUGGUACGAAAUGCAGCCACGUCAUCAGAAAAACUUGAUCAUUUGUAUGCUUCGAUCCCAACAAACGGCGCAGUUGACUGCAGGAAGAUUUUACGUUUUUUCGCUGCCUCGAUUCAGCGAGAUACUCAAAACUGCCAUGGCUUACAUUUCGAUGUUACGUACCGUCGUGUGAACUGUCGUCAAUUUUCUGUGUCGAUGUUUCGUGUCUUUUGCGAAUAGAUAAAACGAUUUCGGUCACC